CAGUAAUUUCCAAAUCCUAAAAAUUAAUUGAAAUUUCAAAUAUAUUCAUCUAUCUCGUGUUGUGAAGUUGUACCGUUAAUUGAAACAACGCCACCGCAGCCGCCAUGGGUAAAAAGAGUUCGAAAUUGAAACAAGAUACCAUCGAUCGUCUGACGACAGACACAUAUUUUACAGAAAAAGAAAUCCGACAAUGGCACAAAGGAUUUCUGAAAGACUGUCCAAAUGGUUUACUCACAGAGCAAGGUUUUAUAAAAAUCUACAAGCAGUUCUUCCCACAAGGCGAUCCCAGUAAAUUUGCUUCGCUGGUGUUUCGAGUAUUCGACGAGAAUAAUGAUGGCUCAAUAGAAUUUGAGGAAUUCAUACGCGCCCUAUCUGUGACAUCGAAGGGGAACUUGGAUGAAAAAUUACAAUGGGCUUUCCGGUUAUACGAUGUCGACAAUGAUGGUUACAUAACACGUGAGGAAAUGUACAAUAUUGUGGAUGCCAUAUACCAGAUGGUGGGCCAACAACCGCAAUCGGAGGAUGAGAAUACGCCGCAGAAACGUGUCGAUAAAAUCUUCGAUCAAAUGGAUAAAAAUCAUGAUGGUAAAUUGACAUUAGAAGAAUUUCGUGAGGGUAGUAAAGCUGAUCCACGUAUAGUUCAGGCGUUAAGUUUAGGUGGUGGUUAAGACAGUUGAAAAAUGAGAGGAAACGGACGACUUCAUACAUACAUACACAAAAACACCCAAAACACGGACAGUACAUUUAAGCAAAUAAUAUUCAUUUGUAAAACAAAAGAAAUGUGGCGUAAAUUUUUAUGGCAGCGCAGCCAGCUGAGGGAGGUUUAUAAAGUAAAAUGAAAAUAAAAUAGAAAUAGAAAAUUUUUCAUAAUUGUCUAAUUACAAAUGUUUGCUAAACAAUAUACAGAAAUAAGCAAGUGGGUUUUAUAAUACAAUAUUUAAAAAUGAGGAUAAAAUGAAAAAUAGCUACAA